UCUGCAAGGCUCUUUCAUUUAGUUAUUCCAGCAAACAAAGAGAAAUGGCUUAUGCUGCUCUCUCUUCACUUAUGUAUACAUUGGAACAACUCUUGAAACCUAAUCAAUCUUUCGUUUGUCGAUGCUGUACACAACAACAUCUUGAAUCUCUUUAUCAAAAUCUUUCUGCUCUGCAAGAUUUCCUUGACAAUACUACCACAAAGGAUAUUGAAACUCUUAAGGUUGUAGAAAAGAGGAUCAGAAAUGUAGUUUACAAAGCAGAAGAUAGAAUUGAUUCAAGUCUAAGAAGCAUCGUUCUAGCAGAUCGCGAGCACAAGCAGCAAAAGGCAUGUAGAUCCUUUUAUGAAGAAUUGUUGAAAGUGGAACAACAGGUUUAUUUUCUCAACAAAGAGGUGAUGUUGAUCGAGUUUAACAACCAUGGAAGCAAAUCUGCAGAAUUAGCAAGAAUUUCCUCCUCACUAGAAAAAAGUACAAUCGAGGAAAAUACUAUUGUUGGGAUGGAGGAUGACUUCAACAUCAUACUUGAUUGUGUCACUGCCCAAACAGAUGAGUUAAUUGUCAUACCAAUUUUUGGUAUGGGCGGUAUCGGUAAGACAACUCUUGCGAGAAAAGUUUAUGAUGAUUCAUACAUUCGUUCUCGAUUUGAUAAACAGGCAUGGGUCACUAUCUCUGAAGAAUACAAUGAGAGACAAAUGCUUCUUGAACUGGUCUCUUCAAUUACUGGAAGAAAGCAAGAAGCGAUCGAUGAUGAACUAAUGGAGAUUGUGUAUAGAGGUCUGAAGGGUAGGAGAUUCCUAAUUGUCAUAGAUGAUAUUUGGAGUACAAAGGCAUGGGACCAAAUGCAAAGAAUAUUUCCAAAUGAUGACAAUAAAAGCCGAAUUCUAUUAACCACUCGGCUCAAGUAUGUUGCUGAUUAUGUCAGUUGUCCUGAUUUUCCCCCUCAUAGUAAGUCUUUUCUCACUCUAGAUGAUAGUUGGAAUCUAUUCACCGAAAAAUUAUUCAAAAACGAUCCGUGUCCUCCUCUCUUAGAAAAAACCGGGAAGCAUAUUGUAAAACAAUGUCAAGGAUUACCCCUCUCGGUUGUUGUCGUUGCUGGACUUCUUGUAAAAAUGGAUUUAACGCAUGACAUUUGGAUGAAGGUUGAGAAAAAUCUGAACUCAUUCUUUGGUACGGUAACGGAACGAUGCCAAUCAAUUCUUUCUUUGAGCUACAACUACUUGCCCCAAUAUUUGAGGGCUUGUUUUCUCUACAUGGGAGGUUUUCCAGAAGACAGACAUAUUAACGUUUCCAAGUUGAUUAGGCUAUGGAUUGCUGAGCAAUUCGUAAAGGCAAGAAGCAAUAAAAGGUUAGAAGUGGUGGCAAAGGAGUAUCUACAAGAGUUAAUUGAUAGAAGUCUGAUUUUGGUUGGUAAUCAAAGGGCUAGUGGAAGGAUGAGAACUUGCAAAAUUCACGAUCUUCUUCGGCAACUGUGCGUAAGUGAAGCUUAUACUGAAAAUGUUGUGCAUGUCAUGAAUGGGAAUGUUCUCGAAUCCAUAGAUGAUCAACGUCGAAUGAUCUUUCUGUCUGAAGUCGAAGAGAAGGAUGAUUAUCGUAUGCAACAUAGCAUUGGUAUUAUCCGCACCUUUAUUUCAAUGCAAGUAGAUUUUCGAGUAUGGAUGUGUUCCAUUGUUUCACAGUUCAAGUUGCUUAAGGUAUUGGACGUGUUACCAGUCCUGUACGAUUUCUCUUUUGUAAUACCUCAACUUGUACAUUUGAGAUAUGUUGCUCUACAAAUUAAGGAAGGUGUUUCACUAGCCAAAAUGAGAAAUCUACAGACCAUAAUUAUUCGAAGAUAUCCCGAUCUGGGACCAACAACGUUGAAGCUGCCACUAGAUAUCUGGAGAAUGUUAGAGAUAAGACAUUUGGAUAUUGAUUUGCCACUAUAUAUAUCUCCUUUUGUUGCGGAAAUCAUAAGAAGAACUCCCAAUCUAAAAAAGCUCAAGAUUUUAUAUAGAUCUAAGCUUCCUGAUUCUUUCAGUAUUUUACAGGAUCUGGAGGCACUACACAUAGAAACACAAGAAAACAUUGAUCCGAUGAUUAUCUCUAGAGAUAUUUCUCUUCCUAAUCUUAAGAAGUUGACAUUAAAAUGUACUUGUAUACCAUGGGAAGUUGUGAAUUUGCUGGCUAAUUUACCCAAUCUUGAGACGCUCUAUGGGCAUUGUGCAUUCGAUGGAACAGAUUGGAAAGUAGAUGAAGAUGUUGUAUUUCACAAAUUAAAAUAUCUACGUCUAUGUAGGUGCAGAAAUCUGGAAAGGUGGGAAUUAGCAGCUGGUAGUGAUAAUUUUCCGAUGCUUGAGAAACUAAUACUGUUUGAAUUGCCUAAACUAGAGGAGAUUCCGGAGAGUAUUGGAGAAAUAAUGACACUAGAAUUCAUCCGAAUACUUAAUUGCGGCUCUGGUGUAGAGACAAGUGCAAAGAAAAUUCAGGAAGAGCAAGAAAGCUUGGGAAAUUAUGAGCUUGAUGUUGAAAUCUACCCCUAA